UUAACACGUUUAGCUUCGUAGUUAGAGCGUGAUUUGUGAAAGGAUUUUUAUUUCCUUUACAGCUGAGAAGCAGUGACUUUUGACCUUUCACACGCUGCCUGCUCGGACCGCAGCGAGCGUCGACGAUAACGAGAAGGUUUCCUAAGAAACACUAACUUGUCUACAGCAGAAAGCAUGGCAGAUAUUGAAGUUCAGGUUGAGGUCCAGCUCGCCUCAAACUGACCAUCAGGACGGAGUGCGUUUGGGGGACUACAGGAGGACAUGAGCUGUGACAAAGAGUCAGACGGCCCGGAGAGUCCACAAAACUCCAUACCAGGAGAUGUGGAGGAGUCGCUGUUGUUGUUGGCUGACGUUGCUCUGGCGCCAUCCUGUGGUGACCGACCGGGCUGCAGCUGUGACUGUGAGGCCUGCUGCUGUCUGGAUGUCAGACAGGUGGAGCUGAGCCUCCUGACCAUGCAGAUGCAACUCCAGUUCCUCAUGAGCAAAGCAGAUUACUUUCAGGACUGCCUUGUCAAAGGACAGGGCAACUUUGAGAGAGAGGCUCUUGCUACUGCAGUGCCAAGUUUCCUGUACACCUGUCAGCCUUACUUUAACCAGGUGGAAUCUACAGCUAGGAGCACCAUGUCCCAGGACCACCCUCUACCUACUGGCCUCUGCUCUAGGCGUAUGCAGCUGUUGGACUUCUCUCAGCAGCUGUGUGACAGGUUGGAGCAGCUGGUGUUGACCUACGCCAGCUACAAUCUCCUCUGUUUGGACGAGAAGGAACCUAACAGCGUGUCACACUUCUUAAUCGGUCAGAGUCAGCUCGGACGAGUGAGGCUGUCAACGUUCCUCUACUGUAAGCCAACGCCUUUCCUGGCCCAGGACGACACUGGCCUGUACAAACGCAUGCGCUGGAAUGUGGACAGACUCAGAGACGAGCAGCAGCAGCAGCAGAUGGAUGACGAGCAGAGUGGAGAGAGCGAGGAGAGGGAGGCAGAAACAGUCAGUGACACAGAGUAUUACUUCCUCUGCUAUGAGGAUAUUCCCAGUGAACCCACAGAGGCUUCCGAGCAUAACCGAGGUGCUUAUCACUGCAGCGUGGUGAGGAUGUGGUCCAUUGGUCAGUGGCUGCAGACGAACCCCGACCCAGACACAGAGGACAUCUAUGACUGGAUCAUGUGCGACAUCCCUCAGGCCUGCUAUCAGAGGCUGUUGUUACUGGGCAGCGUUGAGCCAUCAAGCUGCAGCGCUACAGACAUGCUGCAACAGCUGCUGUUGUCACAGCACACAACAGAGUGAUGUUAGGCCCAAAUAGGUGAUGUUUAAGUGCACAUAUGACAACUGUUACAUGGGUGCAUCAUUCUCGAUAGCUGGUAGAAAGAUAAAACAGCAUUUGGGAAGAGACCAGUUUAGGUCACACAGGAUGUGCAGACAAAUCCUGAAGGUAGUUAUUAAGCAUAAAUAAAUAAAUAUGUGUCAUUGGGUUUAUGCAAGAUUCCCAAGUUGAGCAUUUGGUUUCUUCUGGAUGUUGGAGCAAGAACACCAAAGCUGGACUCACAAGGACAUGACUGUGAAAUUGAACACUUUGAGCCAGAGUAAGCAGAUGCUUCCAGGAUCUGUUGUUUUUUCCAUACGUUUAAAGCUGAAGAGGCUCGUGUUUUCGUAUGUUGUGAUGAGCGCUGGUUUCAGAAACAGAGUUUUACCUCUGUCAGGUUAUGUAAAAAUAGUUUUAUACAGUGUGUUUGUGUAUUAAUGUUUGUUGCACAUCAAUUUGUCACUUUAUUUUGUUCAGCAUGUUAAUGUGUCAAGCUGUAAGGGAUUUUGUAAGGAUUUGUAAACAUUUUAAGUUUUAAACUUUUAAAAAUCUUUUGAUGUGCUGUAAAGAAGUCCAGAAAAGUUAUUUUAUAAAAAUUUAUUUGCAUGAAACAUUGCAUUAAAAUAAUUACACAUA